CCUGAUAAGGAAAAACUCCUAAUAAAAAACCUAAAAUAUUUGUUAAAUAUUUUAAUUUUUUGGCUGUCAAUAUGACACUAUUUGACAUUCAGAAGUAAUUUUAGAAAAAAAAAAACUUUUUUUUUUUACUUUUAUUCAUUUAUUAAUAAGUAUUAUUAUUUACAAAAAUAAUUUCAGUAAGUUUCCUUAAAUUGUCCACAAAAUAAAAGAAAAAAAUAAAAUAAACUUUUCCGACAUCCGAAUUCUAAGAAGUUGUCCCGGUGGCUUGUGGGAAAUGUAGUCAUUGUGGUGCGUGUUACCUUCAAAGUAUGUCUUAUGCACUACAAAUCCCAGAUUCAGGAACGCGGAAGUACCGAAACAAAACACCGCCGGUUUGUAGCACGCUGCAGCAGAGGAAAAGAUGUCUCACGCUGGAAAAAAGAGAAAACUGGAUAAAAGCCGCCAGGAUAGACUUUAUUUCGACAGCUACGCGGAUGUGACUAUUCACGAAGAAAUGAUAGCGGACCACGUCCGCACCAACACCUAUCGAACGGCCAUCCUUCUGAACAGCGAGUGCAUUCGGGGGAAGGUUGUGCUGGAUGUCGGCGCAGGAACCGGCGUUUUGAGCAUCUUCUGUGCUCAGGCGGGAGCCAGGAAAGUCUACGCCGUGGAGGCCUGCUCCAUAUCCGAGCAGGCUGAGAAAAUAGUCCGACACAACAGCAUGGACGAUCGAGUGGAGGUCAUUCGGGGGACUGUGGAGAGCGUGGAGCUCCCGGAGAAGGUGGACGUGAUCGUGAGUGAAUGGAUGGGUUACGCUCUGCUUCACGAGUCCAUGCUCAACUCGGUGCUCUGUGCCCGGGACAAGUGGCUUCGACCCGGCGGUAUCAUCCUGCCGAGCAAAGCCGAGCUCUACAUCGCGCCCAUCUGUGACCCGGUGGUCGAGGACCGCCUGCACUUCUGGUAUACCGUCAAGGAGCAAUACGGCGUCGAUAUGUCAUGCAUGUCCGACUUUGCCCGGAAGUGCAUUAUGAACUCCGACAUCACGGUGAACACCGUGACCGUGGAGGACGUGCUUUCCCACCCGGCGCGCUUCGCGGAGCUGGACCUAUAUUCUGUGACCGCGGAGGAACUUCGUUCGGUGAAAGGCCGGUUCAGCUGCGGCUCGUUCGGCUCGGCGGCGGUGAACGGCUUCUGCGUGUACUUCACGGUCACCUUCUCGUGCUCGGACAAACCACAGACGCUCGUGCUCUCUACGUCACCGUUCAAACCUGAGACCCACUGGAAGCAGGCGGUGCUGUACCUCGACUCCCCGGCGGAGGUGAAGCAGGACACGCUGGUCACCGGGGAGGUGUGCAUGUAUCCCUCAGAGGAAAGCGACAGACAUAUAUGUAUCCACCUGGAGUACGCUAUAGGAGAAGAGAAAAGACAGUCCAAGACUUUCUCCAUCCCUGACUGGAGCUCUGACAGCCAGUCUUGAAAUUACUACACUAUUAAGUGACCCCAAACAUUACACAGAACUAACAGAGUGACAUUAUUAUUCAUUCAGAUUAUCAAUUAAUAGCACUUUAGUGAGACAAAACAUCUGGUUUCUACAUCUGCACUUAUUUUAUCAUGUUUUACUGAUUUUUAACAUGGUAUUUCAAAAUAAAAGUUCACAACUGGUUUUAACUUGA